CCGGUUCAGAAGAACAAGAAAAAGAAAGUACGAUAGCACUUCUGACUCUGAAGCCACUCCCCACACCUCUAUGCACGCCGACGGCCGCGCCGCCGCGCCCGGCGGAGAUGCCACCACCGACCCUUCCUCGCCGUACUUCAUCGACGCCGCCCACCCGUACGCGGCCGCCGCCGCUUCCGCGCUCACCUCCCACCGCGCCAAGUCCAAGUGGUCCCAACUCGCCUCCCUGCCGCUCCCCGACCCCCUCCCCGCGUCCGCCGUCUCCGCCGUCCUCCUCCUCCUCCGCCACCGGCCCCACGUAGCGCUCAGCUUCCACCAGUUCGCCCUCCGCCGCCUCCUCCCAUCCCGCUCCCCGCCCCCGCUCAUCCUCUCCGCCUCCGCCGCGCACGUCGCGGCCGCCUCCCGCCUCCGGCGCGCGGCCAUAUCCGUCCUCUCCUCCGCCACCUGCCACUACUCCCCCUCCCAGAUCUUCAACGCCCUCGCCGCCACCUACCGCCGCUUCGCGUCGGCCCCCUUCGUCUUCGACCUCCUCCUCCUCGCCUACCUCCGCUCCCGCCGCGAACCCCUCGCGGCGGCCUCCAUCGCCCGCCGCUACCUCGCCUCCGGCGCCUGCCCCCUCCCCUCCACCGUCGCGCUGCUCUUCCGCUCCCUUCCCUGCGCCGAGUCCGCCCUCGAGAUGUACCACCAAAUCUACACGCGUCCGGGUCCAAGAACCAACCGCGUGCUCCAGCCGACGGCGCAGACCUUCAACUCCCUCCUCCUCGCUGUCUACCGCCAUGGCAAGUGCCAAGAUUUCGACAUUGUGCUCGACGAAAUGGACAGGUACUCCUGCAAGCACAAUGUGGGCACUUACAACAUUCGGAUGGCCGCGUGCUGUGAUGACAGGGAUAUGGAGAAGGCGCGAGGAUUGUGGGAUGAGAUGGUUCAGGGAGGGAUCCAACCAGAUGUCACCUCAUACAACACGAUGAUUGGUGGGUAUUGUGCUGCCGGGGAGGUGGGGAUGGCAGAGGAGAUGUUCAAGGACAUGGAGAUUUGUGGGAUUGAGCCAAGUGUUACAACAUUUGAGUGGUUGGUUAGAGGGCAUUGUAGGACAGGGGAUGUUGAUGCUGCGAUGCUUGUUCGUGUAGACCUCAGAAGGAGGGGAUUUGGUAUGGCGGCGGAGGUUGUCGAGGAGAUGGUUGAUAGAUUGUGUCAGAAGAGGAGAGUUGAGGAGGCGUUAUGUAUUUUGAGGGCAGAGAUGAAGAGGGAAGAGUUCACACCGAGUCGGGGAAGCUAUGAGGUGCUGAUAAGGGGAUUUUGUGAGAAAGGGGAAAUGGAGGUGGCGAUGAGACUCCAGGCAGAGAUGGCCGGGAAGGGAUUCAAAGCCGGAGCUGAGGUAUACCAUGCUUUUGUCCGCGCUUAUGAGAAGGAUGAGGACCACGAGAUGGUUGAGAGGUUGAGGAAGGAAAUGGCAGCGAUAGGCAUUGAGGAUGGCAGUGACCUGGAAUGUAUGCAAUGAUGCGUUUUUUAAGCUUCGUAUGUUGCUGUUCAGGACACUGGUUUGUUAAGAUCUGCGGUACAUGUAGCCAAAGAGUUAAUUGGCCAGCUCCCUUCAUUAUUUGAGUUCCGCCAUAAGAGAGUUGGCAAGUGCUGCAUUCAUGCUCCAGCAAGGAAGAUCCUUGAGACAAUGCAAAUUAUCUGUUCCUGAGCGCAUCACCUAACUGACCUCUCAUGAUCAGGACUUUGGCAGAACUGUAUAUUGACAAGGGUGAGAGUGCGUGUUAUAUACAUACGUCUGAAAGCUGGCAAUUGCAAAGGACGAACUCGCCAAGAGCUGAAGAAGCAAGACAGUAGUGAGAGGCGGUAUGUUCAUCACCGUGGUCAGUGUUCCGUCAGUCAGUAAAACCACAGCAGCAGGCCAGAGAAGCCAGGCGCUUUGGUGUGAUGUGUGUAAAGUUACCUUGGCACUCUUUACCUUGCUUUAAAACGAAUUUGCUUCUAUCAUUCAAAUGAUAUCAUGGAAAUUUUAGAGGAAUGUAUUUUAGAAUUUUCUUCUAUUGGUUUUGGGGUCUGUAUCUUGUAAAAAGUCUGCAUUAAGUCGAACCUUUUGAAAAAAGAAUCUUAGUUUUCUC